GCCUCAGAGCAUGCCGCUGCUCGCCCGCUCCCCCAGCACCAACCGUAAAUACCCUCCUCUGCCCGUUGAUAAGCUGGAAGAGGAGAUCAACCGCCGGAUGGCAGAUGACAACAAGCUCUUUCGGGAGGAGUUCAAUGCUCUCCCAGCGUGUCCCAUCCAGGCCACGUGUGAAGCUGCUUCCAAGGAGGAGAACAAGGAGAAGAACAGAUACGUGAACAUUUUGCCCUAUGAUCAUUCCAGGGUUCACCUGACUCCUGUCGAGGGAGUUCCUGACUCCGACUACAUCAACGCCUCCUUCAUUAAUGGGUACCAAGAGAAAAACAAGUUCAUUGCUGCACAAGGACCAAAGGAAGAAACCGUGAACGAUUUUUGGAGGAUGAUUUGGGAGCAAAACACAGCGACAAUUGUCAUGGUGACCAACCUGAAAGAGAGGAAAGAGUGUAAGUGUGCUCAGUACUGGCCGGAUCAGGGCUGCUGGACGUACGGGAACAUCCGAGUGUCCGUGGAGGACGUGACCGUCCUGGUGGAUUACACCGUGCGAAAGUUCUGCAUCCAGCAGGUGGGCGACGUCACGAACAAGAAGCCUCAGCGCCUGGUGACACAGUUCCACUUCACCAGCUGGCCCGACUUCGGGGUCCCCUUCACCCCAAUCGGGAUGCUGAAGUUCUUGAAGAAGGUGAAGACCUGUAACCCGCAAUACGCAGGAGCAAUCGUAGUGCACUGCAGCGCCGGGGUAGGACGCACGGGCACUUUUAUCGUCAUCGAUGCCAUGCUGGACAUGAUGCACGCGGAGAGGAAGGUGGAUGUUUACGGUUUCGUGAGCCGGAUCCGGGCUCAGCGCUGCCAGAUGGUACAGACAGAUAUGCAGUAUGUGUUUAUAUACCAAGCACUUCUGGAGCACUAUCUCUACGGUGACACAGAGCUGGAGGUGACCUCAUUAGAGAUCCACCUCCAGAAGAUCUACAACAAAGUGCCAGGGACCAGCAGCAAUGGGCUGGAAGAGGAGUUCAAGAAGCUCACUUCGAUCAAAAUUCAGAAUGACAAGAUGAGAACAGGCAACUUGCCGGCAAACAUGAAGAAGAACAGGGUGCUUCAGAUAAUUCCAUAUGAGUUCAACCGAGUAAUCAUUCCAGUGAAGAGAGGUGAAGAGAACACAGACUACGUAAAUGCUUCUUUCAUUGAUGGUUAUCGCCAGAAGGACUCCUACAUCGCCAGCCAAGGACCACUGCAGCACACGAUAGAGGACUUCUGGAGGAUGAUCUGGGAGUGGAAAUCCUGCUCCAUAGUGAUGCUAACGGAGCUGGAGGAGAGAGGCCAGGAGAAGUGUGCCCAGUACUGGCCAUCUGACGGCUCCGUGUCCUAUGGAGACAUUACUGUGGAGCUGAAGAAAGAGGAGGAGUGCGAGAGCUACACAGUGCGGGACCUGCUGGUAACGAACACCAGGGAAAACAAGAGCCGACAGAUUCGGCAGUUUCAUUUCCACGGCUGGCCAGAAGUUGGGAUCCCCGGGGAUGGGAAGGGAAUGAUCAACAUCAUCGCGGCUGUGCAGAAGCAGCAGCAGCAGUCUGGCAACCACCCCAUCACUGUGCACUGCAGUGCCGGAGCAGGAAGAACAGGCACCUUCUGUGCGCUGAGCACUGUCCUGGAAAGGGUGAAGGCAGAAGGGAUUCUCGAUGUCUUUCAGACGGUGAAGAGUUUAAGACUACAGAGGCCGCAUAUGGUGCAGACACUGGAACAGUACGAAUUCUGCUACAAGGUGGUGCAGGAAUAUAUCGACGCCUUCUCAGACUACGCCAACUUCAAGUGAAGACAAAAAACCAACAAAAAAAAAAUCCACACC